AUGUCUACCAUGACCACUUUAGAAAGGAGUCACUCCAGUGCUUCUCUCUCAAUGUCCAGUCCUCGGCUCUCCGUGCGAGAGACCACACCGCCGGGUGCCGAACCGUCUCUCACACGUCUCCAAUAUCGAAUUAACCAACUGGACUCUCAACUUUUCGAGCUCCGAUCUACUUUCCUCUCCGAAGAUUCUUACGUCGAACGCCGAAACCGGGAAGAUAGCCAUGUCCGACGCGAGUUUGCCAACACCAGCGCCACGUGCAAUCGUAUCGAUCUCAAUGUCGUCGCCCUUCGCUCCACCGUUGAACAGAUUCGAUCGAAUGGGGACUCCAAUGCUAUUCUAUACAAGAACGAGAGGGAUUUCCUGAACAGCGAGUUUAAUCGGGUGGAGAAGAGGUUGAAUCAACUGGACGAGUUGGUGAGAAGUGAUUCAUCAAACUGGCGUAUCGAGAUGAGCAAGCUCAAGACCAUUACCAACGACAUUCGCACGGAUAUGAGAUUGAUGGAAACGCGUAUAAAUGGACGUCUGAACAUUAUCGAAUCGCGAAUGAAACAUGCAGACCGUGUUCGGUUCAAUUCUCUCGCCCACACACUUCACGCCCCUAUCAACUCCAUCCCGGUGGUUCUGGAUGACGGUAAUCUCGAAUGGCCCGAAUGGUUCCCGCGUACGGUGUGGAGAUUCUGGUGUUUAAAGAAACGAAGUCGAGGUGAGCAAGGUAUUAUUACAGAUAAGCUUUUACAAUCUAACAUUCUAUCUCUUUUAGUUCAUCGCCUUGCUGAACUCGCAGAGUUCUACCAACUUGAAGGCUAUCAGAGCUGGAGUCGCUUACAGCCUUCGGAAUUCAAUUCAUAUGAUAGUGAUUCUAGCGACUCUAGUGAUAGCAACUGUGCUUUGACUCGUAAAGAGGCAGUGCAUCUGUUUCCCGAAGCAGCUCAUCAAGCUCUAGCGGCAACUUUAGGUCUUGUGUACUACAAGAUCCGCAAUGAAGUGGGCGAAGGACCUCAUUCCGUGAUGGCACCACGUCCUCCCAAGCGCCAGCAAGAAGAGGUUGCGUCCUCUACCACAAGUAGCAAAUCAAAGCCAGUCAAGAUUCCUCGCCGGCCUAGUGUCUCUGACACGUUCCUACAACGUCUUAUCCAUGGCCCAUCUAUCGACACGAAGUCAUCGACUUCAGAGGAGUUCGAUCAGAUUGGUUGGAAGGCAUUCUCCGAUGUUUCGGACGAUGCUAAAGACAAACUGCGGUCCAUUGAUCCCCAUGAUCUUGGUGCCGUCCUACGUGCUUUGGAGCAAGGACGACUCAAGUUGAAACCCAGUCGAUCUGAACAGCAGAACGCGUCACCAACUGAAUCAAAGGGUGGCAAUCCUUUCCGCCAGGCGACAAAUCCCGUCCAGCAAGAUGGACUAAAUGCUACCGAACCUCUUACCGCUUCACCAUAUUCGGAGAGAGCCCGUCGGACCUCUGUUUCAGAGGUCCCUCCUAUCUCUUCUAACCACAACAAUUAG